UCGGGGAGCGCAGCGGCGGUGCCUGGCCCGGAGCGCUGCGGGAUGGAGCCCGCAGGCCUCACCCUGAAGCUGCUGCUGCUCGGGGACAGCGGCGUGGGCAAGUCCAGCCUCCUGCGGAGGUUCACGGACGGCGCCUUCGAGCCGCGCCUCACACCCACCGUCGGUAUUGAUUUUAAAGUGAAGAAAAUGGUGGUGGACGGCCGUGCAGUGCAGCUGGCCAUAUGGGAUACAGCAGGACAGGAGCGUUUCAGAACAGUGACUCCCAGUUACUACAGAGGAGCUCAAGGGGUUGUUUUAGUGUAUGAUAUUACAAGAAAAGCAACUUUCACAGGACUAGGAAGGUGGCUGAACGAGCUGGAGAUGUACACCACCCCCAGCAGCACUGUGAAGAUGCUGGUUGGCAAUAAAACUGAUAAGCCUGAGCGUGAAGUGGAGAGAAAAGAAGGGCUCCAGCUUGCCAGGAAACACUCACUGCUUUUUAUAGAGACCAGUGCCAAGACACAGGAUGGAGUGCACCAUGCCUUUGAGGAGCUGGUCAUAAAGAUCCUGCAGACUCCAGAUCUUUGGGAUAAGGGCACAGGGAAAAAGGGAAUCCAGCUCAUGGAAUCUUCAGCACAGCAGCAUAAAGGGUUAUGUGGUGCCUACUGUGCACUUAUUUAAAUGUACAGCUGGCUGUUCUGCCUGACUGGAGGAAAAAAAAAAGGGGUGGGGAUGGGAUUCCAAGCACCAAUCUGUGCCAUCGGUUGUGCAGAUGCAAACCACAAACUCAUUAGCAAAAUACAUUUUUAUUCAUUAACAAAAUACAGUUUCUCCUUCCCUUUUGCACAACUGCUGCCUGCAGGUAUUUUUCUGGUAGCUCUCAGAUUUUUCACUAUUAAAUCAUAGUGCUGCUUAGAGAAUUGUGCUUUUGCUGUAUUCAACAUGGACUUUUGCUGGAAUUCCUGCCUCAGCAUCAAUUAAUUGGUAUUCAAUUCUGGAAUAUUAUUGAGAAGAUUCUCUUCCCUUGGAUGGCAUGGGAGGCUUUGAGGCACCCAAGUCACUUUCAUGUAGUUACUCAGCAGGAGUUUGAUCAGUGGACAGAGUUUCCUGAUUUUGGAUGGUUUUAAAAAGUCAAAAUUGCUACAUGUGCCCAGACAGUAAGCUGAGUUACUGGUUAAUUUUGGGGCUGUAUGAAGAGGAUGUGAAUUUUAAUACUUGUCAGGAAAAGUGCAGGACACUGGUGAUUGCUGUUCUCUUUGCACUGAGGAUCAGGGAUUAAUUUUAGGGCUGUGAUGAAGAGGAUGUGUAUUUUAACAGGAAAAGUGCAGGACACUGUGGUGAUUGCUGUACUGAGGGUCAGGGAUGAGGUGCACUCAUCAUUUUGGGCUGUGGUUUUGCAGGCACUGAGAGUCUCUGCAAACCCUUGUUCUCUUCCAGAAACCACAGAUAAAAUUGAAAAUUUUAUCAGAAUUGAUACAAAUGUUAUCAGAAAUUGAUAAAACUCAAUUUCACAGAAAAUGUGCUGCUUAUGGGAGACUUUGCACUUGGGUGUCUGUCACCAAUCCCCCUAUGAAGUUACCUUUUUGUCUUUUACAUUUUUAAUGGCAAUAUUGUAUUUUUACUAACUUACAUUAAAAUAAAUGAAAAUUCCAGAUGUAACUUGUGCCUUGCUUCUGUUAAUGCAUAUUCCUGCUAUUAGACUAUGUUAGAUAAUAAAGCAAACAUACAGCUUUAUUUACCACUAGCCAUGCAAAAUAUUUUAAGAUCUUAUGAUAGCAACCUUGCUUUAAAUAAAUUCUGACCCUUAGCUUUUUAACUUAAAUCUGAAUCUUCUAAAUAUAUUCAUGUCUUGCAGACACUAAAAAUCAGUUUGUAACCUGAAAUACACAGCUAGGGUGAGAUCAGUCUGGCCAUUUAUUAUUUUCAUAAAAUGAUUUAGUUUAAAAUGCUGUUACUGAAAUAAUUUUUGAAGUAUUUCCUAUAGUUUUUCACAGGAUCAAGGUAUAUCUGUCAUGAAUUGCCUCUCUAAGAAUCCUUUUGUGGUAGCACAUGGUUGCAGAGCUGACAGCCCACUGCAUGUGGAGGAGUCCUCAGCAUUUUUGAGGUCACCAGGCUGCAGCACUGACAAGUGCAGGGAAAAAUUCUGUUUUUGUAGCAGUGGGAACAGAACCUCAAUGCCCACGGGCAGGACCACACAUGGAAGU